AAUAAAUAUGAAAUCAUAAUAAACUCAUGAUAUCUCACCAUGGAAUCAAAAUAACGAAGAUCUGUUGACUGUUACUGAAUAGUAAGUUGAUGAAUACAAAACUACUUAUGAGAACUUUUAAUAAUAGUAGGAUUAAUACAAAAAAUAGAAGGUUAUAAAAGUUAAUACUAUUAACUGUAGAGGAGAAACUAGAUUAAUACGUAAAUUAAUUGCUAUAAAUAAUUGGAAGGAAGUUUUUAAUAAUGGAGAUAUUUGUUGGCUUGGAUUACCAUUUAAAUUACAAAAUUUUGAAGAAUAUUUCACAUAACAUGUAAAUAGAUUUCCAGGAAUGGAUUUAUUAGCUCAUAAGACUUAAUCAUCUUUUUACUUGAAUAAAUUUGCUUAAUAUUUUCCAGAUUAAUAUGAAUUCUUUCCAAAAACCUACAUAAUACCUGAUGAACUUGAUAAAUUUUAAUAAGAAUAUAAAAGCACUCGAACUUAUAUUGCAAAACCUGAUGCAGGAUCUUAAGGUGAUGGAAUUUAUUUAAUUAAAAAAUUAAAAGAUGUUAAGGCUAAUGAAAGUAUGGUUAUAUAAUAAUAUAUCUCAAAACCAUUGUUAAUAGAUAAAAAAAAAUUUGAUUUAAGAUUAUAUGUUUUAAUCAUAUCUCUUGAUCCUUAUUUAUGUUAUAUCAAUAAGGAAGGUCUGGCUAGAUUUUGUACUGUUGAUUAUGAAAAACCUAAUGAUAAAAAUUUAAGAAAUCCUUUUAUGCAUUUAACCAACUAUUCUCUUAAUAAAAGAAAUACUAAUUUCUAAUUUUAUAAUGGUAAGAAUAUCUUGGAUAUAAAUGAAGGAACAAAAAGAACUUAUUCAUCUAUUAAGAAGAAUUUAGAAAUAUAAGGAUACAAUAAUUAAGAUAUAGAAAAUUAAAUUGAUACUUUGGUUGUUGCAUAUUUAUAGAGUCUUCUUCCAUUUCUUGAAUUUAACUAAAAAUUAGUCUUUCAAAAAAAAGUUGGUGAAGUCAAAUAAUGCUUUUAAAUUUUAGGAAUUGAUAUCUUACUUAAUGAAAAAGGUAAACCAUGGCUUUUAGAAGUAAAUUCAAAUCCAAGUUUUUAAAUUGAACAUGAAGUUUUUGCAGCUAACGGAAAAUCUGUUUUCGAAGAGUCAUAUAUUGAUAGUUAUGUUAAAGAGUUGGUUAUGGGGGAUGCAAUAAAGUUAGCAAUGAUUUCUAAGGAAGAUUAAGAAGAGCUUUCAGAAUUUGGGAGUUAUAGAAAAUUAGAUGUAGAUUCAACUGAAACAGUUUUUUCCAAGAUGAUGUAACUCUAUGGUUAUUUAUCUGGGUAUAAAUUUCAAGAAUUUCUGACAUCUUCAAAAUUUUAGAAACUGGCUAAUUUUCCAUAAAUGAUUUCUUAAACAUUUCUUAAACAUGAUUACGAUUUGUUAUUCAGGAAAAUAAUUUUGAAAUCUUCUAAUAAUAACCUGAUGGAUUUCUUUUAAUUUAUAAAUGCAAUUGAAUAAUUAGCUGUUAGAUUAAACUAAGACUUAGAAACAAUGCUUGAUAGAAUAAUUGAGAAUUUUUGA